AUGCCGAGGUUUGGGACAAGAAGAAGACGACAAGAAGACGGCGAUGAAGAUGAAGAUGAAGAUGAAGAUGAAGAUAAAAGAAAUAUAAAAAGAGGCAUAGAAGAGACGGAGAAGACAGCUAGAGAUAUAGGAGGAUGGCAGGGAAGUGGUAGGCAAAGGAGAUAA